AUGCAUUUCUCCAAGCUCAUCACCGUCGCCGCCGCCGCUUUCAUCCAGGGCAGCGUGGCCGUCAAAGUCUUGACCUACAGCGGCCGUGACUGCACCGGCACGGAGCAGGAUGUCUCGGUCGAUCACAACGCAGCCUGUGAUCCCUCGACCCAGCGAUUUCAAUCCUACAAGGAGAAUGGAUGGGGAAAGAAGAACGGGCAGAGGAUUGCGUUCUACAGCCAACCGGGAUGCACUGCCGAGACCUUCUUGUACGACACGUACUCUUACGAUGGAGAUUACUUUCAUUCCCACCAGUGCUACAACAUCGACGGGCACUCCCCUUCCAAGUAUGCCCAGGGCAUGAGGCUCUACUAG